AACUUGUGGAAUUACUUUAUUACAACAUAAAAUAUUUUAUUGUUUUUUUACUUCCUUAUUUUUGACUGUAUAAAAUGAGAAUUUUUAAAUAACAGAAGAAAAAUAUUGAGAAAGGUUUUACUUAAAAGAUGUCUAUGGAAAAGUAUGUUAUUGUUGCCUUCUUGGAGAAGGAUGAUGCAGUUGCAGUUGUGCCUGCAGCUUGGCUGAUCAACAGCAAGUUGUGUUAUUGGCCUCCAUAUACCAGUCAAGACAGAAAAAAUAAAGCGGCAAUAAAUUGUGAAAUACCAUCUGAAAAAUGGUCUAAACAUUCUUGUCGAAUUUUAGGGACCAAAGAUUCGUAUGCAAAGGCCAGAUCUGAACUUGGUAAAGCUGAGAUAACAUCAGAUUUACAGAGUGAUGUAGAUGUUUCAAGACUACGUACAAAACGUAUUCAGAAAUAUCUUAAAGAUGACAACGAUAAUAGUGAUGAGUAUUCUAACAAGGAUUCUCAGCAAAUAAAUAAACAACCUCUUUGCCAAGUUUCUAAGAAAAGGGAAGGUUCUGCAGAAGGGAGCAACAGUCGAUCGAAAACUAAAUCUCACAAACCAGCCCCUAAAGCACCUCCAUUUCCUGUGUCUUGUCCUUGCUCUUUAACACCUUCAUCUCUUGUAAUCAGUGAACGAGCCAUACCAGAAUAAAUUUCACAGCCAUUUACUAGAGCUAUUGAACGAGGCUCUGAGUUAUCUACAUCACAUGUAGCUAGUCAACAAUCUGUAACACCUGCAACCACAAGUAGUUGGCAAUCUGCAACGUCUACAUCUGCUGCUUGUUACCGAACUUCAACACAUGCAGCAUCAGAAUUGCAUACAAUCAGUCGGCGUAAUUUAGAAGAUAUAUCAUUUGUUUCAGCAGGCGCCUUUAUAGAAGGAGAGUUAGAACAAGUGAUAGCCAACCUUGUUCCUAAUAUUCCGACUAGCUUGUCAAUUCCAGCUACUAGUUUGAAUGCCACAGAAUUGUCUACAGCAGCUAGUCAUACAUCUGCACAAACAUCAAACAGUGUUUUAAAUAAAAUAUUUACUCUUUUAGUUGAGCUGAAAAGCGAAGUAGCUAACCUUCAGAAGCAGACUACUUACAACACUACUAUGUUGCAGACUUUGUCACAAGGUGGGAUACAAGACGAUGGCAACAUUUUUGAAACUCUUGAUCUUCCUGUAUGUGACCGAAAACAGCUGCAGCAGCUUGA